AUGGCCGAUGCAGGAGAGGCAUCCCAGCUACCCUUCGAUGGCAAGUGUGACGCCUGUGAACCCGAUGAAGCCAAGGAGGCCGUGGUCGUUUGCGAACAGUGUGCGUUUUCCUACUGUGACACCCAUGCAGAAGAACACAAAAAGCAAUACGCCGGCCACAGGCUUACAGACAUCGCGGAGCUCUUCGCUUUGGAAGAAAUGACCCCGGUCGGUGAUCCAGAGACAGACAAGAAGAAGAAGCAGGCGUCAGACAGGAAGAACUGCCCCUUGCACAAGCAGGAGCUGAGCCUCUACUGCAAAGAGGACUCCAAAAUCAUCUGCGUCUUGUGCGCCGUGGCUGGGGACCACCGCCAACACCAGCUGAUCACGCUCAACGAGGCCUAUCAGGAGAUGAAGAAAAGAAAGCCCAUUGACCUGAAGCUGGCCAUGGGGGACAUGGUGGAGAAACUGAAGGAGAAGCUCCUCAACCCCAAUAUAACACGCAGUGACCUAAAGAGCUUCAUCCAGAAGGAGUUUGACCACAUGAAGCAGCUGGUACACGAGGAGGAGAAGAAGGCCCUGCACUUUGUGGACCUCCAGGAGGCUGUGGCCUCAGCCCAUGUGACUGAAGUCCUCGCCGAGCUCAACGUCCACAUGGGCAAGCUAAUGACGGAAAUGGCGGAGAUCACACGGCAGCUGAACAGCUUUAAUCAACUGGUAAUGCAGAAACCAGAGAACCCAGAUGAAGACUCGGGGUAAG